AUGGGGCGUUUGCGCUUAAAGACCGCUCUGGCUCACGUUUCAGAUUGGGGAGCACGGGGCGCCCAGGGUGGGUGGACUAUGAGAGGGGUAGGCGACGCCGGGCCAGCUCCGGGACAGGCAACCCUGGAAAAGGGACUCUGCUCUGCGCCCGACGGCCCCUCUGGGCAAUCCAGAGCGAGGAUUGCACGGCGCUGCGCUCCCGAUCCAAACAAUAGCUCUCCUGCCGGGAGCGCCGCGGCGCGCUUCGCCUCUCCGGGCUCGGCGUGGAGCGCGGUCCCCUCGGGGUUCCGAAGGCGCGCGCCGGUGGGCGACAUGGGAACCGCGGAGCCGGCGCGGCGGGGUCGCGGCUCAGGGUCUGCGCCCGCGUUGCUGCUGCUCGCGGCGGCCGUGGCGCUGCUGGCCGUGCCGGGCGUGCGCGGGCGCCCCGCGGAGGUGGACGAGGAGUUGGUGCUGCCCACUCUGGAGCGCGCGGCGGAACCCGGGACCACGCGCCUCCGCCUGGACGCCUUCGGCCGGCAGCUGAACCUGGAGCUGCACCCAGAUCGCAGCUUCCUGGCGCCCGGCUUCACGUUCCAGACCGUGGGGCGCAGACCGGGGCCCGACGCCCAGCUCGCAGAUCCCACCGGCGACCUGGCCAACUGCUUCUUUUCCGGGAAGGUGCACGGCGACCCCAGCUCCACCGCGGCUCUCAGUCUGUGCGAGGGCGUGCGCGGCGUCUUCUACCUGCAGGGAGAGGAAUACUUCAUCCAGCCCGCGCCCGCCGUGGGCACCGCGCGCCUCGCCCCGGCCGCCGGGGAGGAGCCGCCCGCGCGCUCCCAGUUCCACCUCCUGCGACGCAGGCGACGGGGCGGCGGCGCCAAGUGCGGGGUCGUGGACCAAGAGUCCGAGCCCGCGGAGGCCCCUGGACCGGAGGGCGAGGACGCAGAGGCACAGUGGCCACCGCAGGGCCGGGCGUCGACGCGCCCCGGACAGCCGACAGGAACUGGAAAUGUAAGAAAGAAGCGAUUUAUAUCCAGCCCCCGCUAUGUGGAAACCAUGCUAGUGGCAGACCAGUCCAUGGCUGAAUUCCAUGGCAGCGGCCUAAAGCACUACCUACUCACCUUGUUCUCGGUGGCGGCCAGGCUGUACAAGCACCCGAGCAUUCGGAAUUCAGUUAGCCUGGUGGUAGUAAAGAUCCUGGUCAUCUACGAGGAGCGAAAGGGGCCAGAAGUGACUUCCAAUGCUGCCCUCACAUUACGGAACUUUUGCAACUGGCAAAAGCAGCACAACACACCCAGUGACCGGGAUGCAGAGCACUAUGACACAGCUAUUCUUUUCACCAGACAGGACUUAUGUGGGGCCCAUACUUGUGAUACUCUUGGAAUGGCUGAUGUUGGAACUAUGUGUGAACCCAGCAGAAGCUGCUCAGUCAUUGAAGAUGAUGGCUUACAAGCUGCCUUCACCACCGCUCAUGAAUUAGGCCAUGUGUUUAACAUGCCACACGAUGAUGCCAAGCAAUGUGCCAAUAUCAAUGGUGUGACCCAGGAUUCCCACAUGAUGGCUUCCAUGCUCGCCAAUCUGGACCGCAGCCAGCCUUGGUCUCCGUGCAGUGCCUACAUGAUUACGUCAUUUCUGGAUAACGGUCACGGGGAAUGUUUGCUGGAUAAGCCCCAUAGCCCCAUAAAGCUUCCCUCCGAUCUACCCGGGACCUUGUAUGAUGCCAACCGACAGUGCCAGUUUACUUUUGGGGAGGAUUCCAAACACUGCCCAGAUGCAGCCAGCACAUGUUCGACGCUAUGGUGUACUGGCACCUCUGGCGGGCUGAUGGUGUGCCAAACUAAACACUUCCCCUGGGCGGAUGGCACCAGCUGUGGAGAAGGGAAAUGGUGUGUCAACAGCAAGUGUGUGAACAAGACCAACGAGAAGCAUUUUGAUACUCCUGUUCAUGGAAGCUGGGGGCCAUGGGGACCCUGGGGAGACUGUUCCAGGACCUGUGGUGGCGGAGUUCAAUACACUGUGAGGGAAUGUGACAACCCAGUUCCCAAGAACGGAGGGAAGUACUGUGUGGGGAAGCGCAUGCGCUACAGGUCGUGUAACACGGAGGACUGUCCAUACACUACUGGAAAAACCUUCAGAGAGGAGCAAUGUGAGGCACAUAACGACUUCUCCAAAGCUUCCUUCGGGAGUGGGCUGGCGGUCCAGUGGACACCCAAGUAUGCUGGAGUCUCACCAAAGGACAGGUGCAAGCUCAUCUGUCAAGCCAAAGGCAUUGGCUACUUCUUCGUUUUGCAGCCCAAGGUGGUUGAUGGUACCCCUUGCAGCCCAGAUUCCACUUCUGUCUGCGUGCAAGGACAGUGUGUAAAAGCCGGUUGUGAUCGCAUCAUAGACUCCAAUAAGAAGUUCGAUAAAUGUGGCAUUUGUGGAGGAAAUGGAUCUACGUGCAAAAAAAUAACAGGAUCAGUGACUAGUGCCAAACCUGGAUAUCAUGAUGUUGUCACAAUUCCCACGGGAGCCACAAACAUUGAGGUGAAACAGCGGAAUCCAAAAGGAUCCAGAAACAAUGGAAGCUUUCUCGCCAUCAAAGCCGCCAAUGGCAGUUACAUCCUGAACGGCAACUUCACCUUGUCCACCUUAGAGCAAGACAUUACGCACAAAGGCAGCGUCCUGAGGUACAGCGGCUCCUCCGCAGCCUUGGAAAGAAUUCGCAGCUUCAGCCCUCUCAAAGAGCCCUUGACCAUCCAGGUCCUCACCGUGGGCAAAGCCAUCCGGCCGAAGAUUAAAUACACCUACUUUGUGAAGAAGAAGAAGGAGUCUUUCAACGCCAUCCCUACGUUCUCUGAAUGGGUCAUCGAGGACUGGGGCGAGUGUUCCAAGUCGUGCGGCCUGGGCUGGCAGAGGAGAGUGGUGGAGUGCCGUGAUCUUCAUGGGCAGCCGGCUUCCGAGUGUGCAAAGGAGGUGAAGCCGGCCAGCAUGCGCCCCUGUGCCGACCUGCCUUGUCCCCGCUGGCAGCUGGGAGACUGGUCACCGUGCUCCAAGACUUGUGGGAAGGGUUACAAGAAGAGAACCUUGAAGUGUCUGUCCCAUGAUGGGGGAGUGUUGUCUAAUGAGAGUUGCGAUCCUUUGAAAAAACCUAAGCAUUACAUAGACUUUUGCACCCUGGCAGAAUGCAGCUAAGCCAUGUCGGGUGGAGACCCAGGUGAAGGUGGGAGGGCUGGUGCACUGAAAUCAACAGGGCUGGAGGGAUCCUGAGUACCUUGCCAGUGAUCAAGGAGUGUGGGUGAGUUGGGAGCGUAGAGGUAGGUAGAAAAGCAGUUAGGUCAUCAGAAUAUCCUCCCAGUUACAAAUGUGAUAGGGUAGUUAAGGAUGAUUAUUAAUCUCUGAGCAAUGAUAUAGCAUAAUAAAGCCCCAGGCAUUAUUACUCUUCCUUUUAUUACAUCUAUGACAAUUUUAAACAAACAAAAAAAAAUAGAAUCAAUUGUCAAAAUAAGAUUAAGAAGUACUACAACCUGUUUCCUGGUACUGAUUUAUUACUUUGUAUCACGAGGGUGGGGCAAUGGAAAGCAGCAGAAAGAGGACUUUCUGAAGUUGAAAAGGAGGCUUACUUUACCUCACAAACAAUGGAGCAAGAUAGGGGUAUAACUAGGAUUCUUGACCAGCGCUGUUGGUGGCCGCUGGGGUGUCACUUUUUAAGAAUUCAAGAUCAGCCAGCUUGAGAGACACAUCAAAGGGCUCCAUCUUUACCUUCCUAUGCCAUGAUGUGUCUUUGUAAAUUUUGACAAACUUGCUACUUCAUGUAUUUGUAAAAGUCCAUGAAGUCUCCCAAGAGGUAAACAGAGUGAUGUAUCAGAUGCUGGUUAAAAACUAGACAAGGAAUGAUGAACUGGGUACCUCCCGCCUUUCUUUGCUCCUAAUGUAAGCCUCCUGUAAGAACUUGGACUGAGAGAAAACUAUUUGUGUCUCAAGAAAGUACAAUCACACACAUAGGAUGUAAUGCCAGAACAAAGAUGGGGUGUGGAGAACAGGGUCCCUCGUGUUGGGGGACAUUGGCAUCACUUGUCUCGAGGUGGGGAGGCUACUGAGGGGUAGCAGGUCCAUCCCCAGCAGCUGGUCCAACAGUCAUAUCCUGGUGAAUGUCUGUUCAGCUCUUCUAUCAUGAGAGAGAAUAUGACUUUUUCCAUAUGUAUAUAGUAAAAUAUGUUACUAUAAAUUCUAUGUACUUUAUAAGUAUUGGUUUGUGUGUUCCUUCUGAGAAGGACGAUAGUUUGUAAUAAAUGCCUAUAAUAACAUAUUUAUUUUUAUACAUUUCUUUCUAAUGAUAAAACUUUUAAGUUAUAUCGCUUUUGUAAAAGGGCAUAUAAAAAUAGAGUAUUUAUACAAUAUAUGUUACUAGAAAUAAUAAAA